AUGGCUACGAAGUCACUCAGUCAUGAGCUCUUGGAGUUUUCUUCAACCGGUGAUCAUGACAAGGUCCAAGAGAUUCUGCAGCAGUUUCAAGAUCCAAAUGUGGUUGAUCCAGCUGGCGAGUCUCCCAUGGUCAAGGCCAGCCGCGGAGGUCACUUGGAGGUGGUCCAGCUACUCCUGGAAGCCUUGGCCGAUCUGCGGCCUGGGCCGCCUGGGCAGCCUGGGCCGCCUGGGGCGUUGCCGCUGCUGGCCGCAUCAACAGCCGGGCACCGGGAGGUGGUGCAGCAGCUGCUGUGGGCGCGCUGCGACUCCGAGCUGCGCGACGCGUUGGGGAACACGGCGCUGUCUCGAGCGGCGGAGGCCGGACAGGUCGAGGUGGCCAGGACGCUGUUGCUCACAGCCAACGUGGAUGCGGAAAACCUGGCGGGACAAACGCCUUUGUUGAUUGCUGCGAUGCGAGGCUUGUUUUCAAUGAUGUGCUUGUUACUGAGAAAUGGAGCGGAUAAGGAUGUUGCAGACAUGCAUGGAUACACUGCUUUGAUGGCUUCAUCUUCUCGAGGUGAUCUCAGGGGGGUGACUUAUUUGUUGGAGGCUUGUGCCCAGGUGAACAAGAUGACCAGCAAGGGUCGCACGGCGCUUUAUAUGGCGGCGGAGACCGGUCAUUUCAAAGCUCUGCGGUGUCUCCUGGCUGCCCGUGCUGACCCAGAUGUUCGUGACCAGCACGGCUGCACCGCCUUGUUCUUGGCGGCACAGAUCGGAAGGAGCGAUGUGGUUGGGGCGCUGUUGGAAGCUCGAGCCGACCACGACUUGAAGACUGUAAACGGACGCAGUCCCAUGUCAACUGCUGUGCACUGUGGACACGUAGAAGUGGUGAAACUCUUUUUGGCACAUGCCUCCAGUGCCCCUUGUGACGCUUCUUCCUUGUGCAUUGCUGUGCAAAAUGGUCAUGACGAAAUUGUGAGAUGUAUGCUGACCUCAGCUUGCUCAGCUGGCUCAGCUGGCUCCUGGACUCCGACUCCGGAGACUCCGCUGCUGAUGGCAGCUGAGCUUGGCCAUGCCAACAUCCUACGGCUGCUGUUGGAGGCUGGUGGAUAUGGUGAUCCUGGCGAAGCAUUGUGCCUGGCAGCCGGGCGGGGACAUGUGGCAGCUGCCACAAUGUUGCUUCACUUCAGAGCCGAGGUGAACCACAGGAGGUCGCCCUCUGAGCUGAGCCCUUUGUUGCUGGCUGCGGAACAUGAUUCUUUGGAGAUGCUGCAGCUGCUGCUGGAGGCUCGGGCAGAUCCCAGUGUCCAGGACGCCUCUGGCUGCGGUGCUGUGUACAUCGCAGCCCAGAUGGGCCACGUCGACGUGCUGCGGCGCCUGUUGGAAUGUCGAUGCUCGGCCGAAGGAUCCACCGAAACCUCUCCUUUGCACAUCGCCCGGGAGAACGGUUUCGCCGAAGUGGUCAAGCUGCUGGAAGAUCAGUGA